AAUUUAUUUUAAUCGUACACGCACACAUGCUCAGUAGUCUGCCACAACGAAAUAUUCCCAAAAUUUCCAGUUUUUAAGCAAAAUGUUUGACUUGUCGCAAAAUGUGGAGAAAGCGGCCAUUGAGCCGAGCCUGCCGAAGGUUGCUUUGGGCGAGUAUCGUGGCGGUAAUCAGCUGCCCAUAUGGGACAUAGCCGAGAAGGACUUUCAAAUGAAGAAACAGGAUUCGCUGGUGCCACUGGUGCUGCAGUUUUGGGAGGAAAAUGAUGCCACUGAUCUGGUGCUGAAACUGGGCACAAAGCAGAUAUGCGUUAAUCGGCUGCGUUUCAUGUGCCAAUCGAAGUUCAUCAAGGACAAUCUGACGGGUGGACAGCGUGAGUUGGUAUUACCCGAGGAUCGGGUGCCGGCUGAGGGACUGGUGCGCGUUUGCGAUUGGAUAAAUAAGCCCGAUCCGAAGCUGGAGCGCAGGCAUAUAAUGCAAGUGCUGGCGGCAGCCAUAUACCUCGAGAUCGAGCCGCUGGUCAAGCAGGUGUGGUUCUGUCUGGAUCUCGUUGACGAUUUUCGCGAGGAUCAGGCCUUUGUGGUAUCCUUUGAGGCGCUGAACCUGGGCAAUAAGCUGCCCUUGCUGGGCCUAGACACCACCAUGCUGCUUCGCAUUCAAUGCUUCUUUCUCACCCUGGUCGCCAGCGUUGAGUUUGUGAAACUGCCGCUGCAGCAUGUCCGUUGCCUGCUCAGCUCUGAGAAUGUGGCGGUCAACAGCGAGAAGGAGAUCUUCUUUUCCGCCGUGCGCUGGCUCAACCACGACUGGGCGGCACGGGCUAAACACACCUUGGAGAUCAUGGAGACGGUGCGUCUUCUGUUGCUGCCCCGCACAUUUAUCAUGGAGCUGCAGGCGCCCACAGACGAGCCCUCGCUCAAUUGCAUCAUCGAGAUGGUCGAAUUCCAGCAGAUCAUCUACGAAGCCUACUCGGCCUACACCAUGUUGAUCUUCAACGAUGGCUCCGAGCUAUUUGGACAGCUAUACGAUAUAUUUAAGGUAGAGGUGCCUGUGCGACGGCCUUUCAUUUGCCACAAAGAGUGCACCUAUCACAGGGCACAUCCCGACGAUCCAUCUGAUGAUUUUACGUACAAACAUUUUCUAUGUUAUUUGCGUUUGCUGCAAACCAGCGGCGCAUAUACCUGGAAGGGCCUGCAGGUGCAGCAUAUUACCUGCCCCUAUAAGCCGCUCUGAAAUCUAGACUACCAUUUUCUGCUAAGUGCAGCAAGACAAUUUGCAUGUUUCUCUUCAAUCUUGAGAAAUUUUAUAAUAUAGAAUAUAAGCGAUUAUUUGUAUGACUUUUUA